UUCCCUUUCGUUGCUGUGGAGAUCGUGAUAAAAAAAGUUUGUUUUAAAUUAGUCGCUUGUAUUAGCGUUUUGAAAUAGCACUUCUAGACUUGAAAUGGAUACCAGCGCAGAGGGCAGUGCUCCUGAACAAGGGGAUGCUGAAUGUACAUUGGCCAAAUCGGAAGAAAAUCCCGAGAAGCAAUCAAAUAGUAUUGGAUUACUGCCAGUUAUGAUAUUUCUGGCGGCCACAGUUACCACUGCAGUUAUGGUGGAGCUACUGCCACAUACCAGCAAGAUUUUCCCUUGGAGUUCUACAGUUUCUUCACAAGAUCAGCAGCAGCCACCGCCCACAUAUGCGAUCUUCGGUAGGAGUUCCACGGAGGAUCAUUUAGUACAUGUGAUAAAUGUGCUGCAAAAGUUCGGCUUCCAAAGAGUGGGCGUUAAUGAAAGUUGGAACCUUUUGUGGGCCCACGAUUACCCUUUUCCUAAUAUUGCAAAUCUCAAGAAUCUAGGCGAGAAUCAGGUGGUAAACCAUUUUCCAGGCUGCGGUUACCUUACCAACAAGGUUGACCUUUGCACCACCCAGCUUCCUUUCCUGCCCCGUGCUUUCCGACUGCCAGCUCAGCGGGAGGAGUUUCUGGACUACGCCAGGGAUAAUCCCCAAGCACUCUUUGUCCAAAAGCACAAUGAACACAGGCACAUCAAGGUGCGAGCACCCGCCGAUAUAGCCUUCGGAUCCAAUGAUUCCUUUGUCCAAGAGUUCGUUCAGAGACCUUUCCUGGUGGACGGCCACAAGUUCGACAUCGGAGUCUAUGUAGUCAUCACGUCCGUUAACCCUCUGCGAGCCUACAUCUAUACAGGAGAUGUCCUGUUCCGUUACUGCCCUGUGAAAUACCAUCCCUUUGAUGCCGAGAAUGUGGACAAGUAUAUUGUGGGAGAUGACUACCUGCCCACCUGGGAGGUACCUUCACUGCGAAAGUAUUACAAUCGUUUUGGUGGCGGCAUGCGCACUGUUUUUGAGGCCUAUGUCCGAGAUCAAGGCAUGGAUCCCGCCAAGAUUUGGCCCCAGGUUGAGCACAUAAUCCGUACAACGAUUGCGGCGAAGGAAAAGGACAUUGUCAACAUCCUGCGCUCCUACAAGACGCACAACUUUUUCGAUCUGAUGCGAUUCGAUCUGUUCAUUGACGAGGAUCUUAAGGUCUUUCUCAUGGAGGCCAACAUGUCUCCCAAUCUUUCUUCAGCCCAUUUCAAGCCAAAUUCGCUUUUGUACGAGCAAGUUCUGUACAGUGUCUUUAAUUUGGUCGGAAUUAGGCCGUUUACUUCCACAAGUGGCACCUUAUCUGGUGAAAGCAGUGAAAUGAUUACAGCCGAUAAGAACUUGGCCACUGAUUUGAACAAAUGCGCUGCUUAUGAUUGCGACAAGUCUUGCAACAAGGAGGAGUGCAACCUGUGCCUGCAAUGCCUCAGUGGAUCUGAGUACCAGAUGCUGCAGCAAGCUCAUCAGGAGCACUUGCACCGCGUGGACAUGAAACGGAUCAUUCCCAAACCAAUUCACGAUCUUAAAAAGUUUAAUCUCAUUGAGGAAACUAAGAAACUGACAAAGAAGAACGCUUGGAUGACUCGCUGGUUCCAUAACAAAUGCCAAUUUGAUGCUGCCUGGUGCAACUAGAUAAAUUUAAUAUAUUAUUUAUGUAAAUACUCUUUGUGACUUAGUAACCUCUUAUGCUCAGCAUUAGUAAAUUGGCCACCGAUUGUGCUUAGUUGCAAAGUGAUAGAAUGCCUUUUGGCCUAAUGGCCACGAAGUCAUUAGAAUUCAGUGCAAAUUGUGAACUUAAAAUAGUACUUUAAGAAGGAGCUUGCUUUGCUCUAAAAGUCCUUUAAUUGACAUGUACAAAUUAUGAAAGCUGUCCUUAAAUUAAUUCUACAAAAACUUAAGUAAAAAAGGUUCUCUUUGAAGAUAAUUAUCAUUUUCAAACUUAUUUAUCUACUUAUCAUUUUAAUACCAUGUUAAUAGUUAAUGUAGUAUUUUAUUUCUUAUAAUUGAUAUGCUAUGAUCG